AAUGUUUUAUCAGUUAUUAAGGCUUUGACACACAUUUGUCUUUAAUUCAUUUUUCUGGGUUUAUAAACUAUAUGGAAACGCUGGCUUCUGUUGUUUAAAUGUGAGUCAACCGACAUGCAGAACACGACGACCGUUGAAGUCGGGUGAACGUAAAUUGAAGAUUAAGUGUUUUAGUGAGACUCUAAAGACACUGUGGUUCAGGAUUGGUUUGACACUCGGGACACCACACUUCUAGCACAUUUCCUGGACACAGCUGUGUGUGGUGGUUCCUGAUCCGAAAUAAGUGAUGGAGUUUCCAGAAGAUUUCAACCAGCUGGAGCUCCUGAACACACACGGACACCUGAUCCCCCGCGGUGCCAGCAGCCUGUGGACAGGAAGCAGGGACGAGUCAGAGGAUGGAGAAGAGGAGGAAGAGGGGCCACACAGUGAGGGGUGGUAUCUAGAAAAAGAAGAAAAUCUCAAAGACAAACCGACAGAGCUCAUGUUGUGGGCAGCUGAAAACAAUCGGCUUUCCACACUUCACGGUUUGUUGACUUCUGAUCCCUCUCUGGUGCACUGCUGUGAUGAGGACGGUUACACUCCUCUCCAUCGUGCGGCAUACAGCGGCCAUGUUGAUGUGGUUUCCACUUUGCUUGCUGCUGGCUCGAAAGUUAACCCACGUACCAUCGAUGGCUGGACACCCCUUCACAGCGCCUGCCGCUGGAGCCGUGUCACGGUGGCGACCCUUCUCCUGCAACAUGGAGCACAGCUAAAUGCCCAGACCAACGGUGGGAUCACACCUCUUCACCUAGCCGCCUCCCACGCCAGCUCCUUAAAAACAGACUCUGCUCACACGUUGGAGCUCUUGCUGUCACAGCGUCACCUGAAGCCUAAUCUCUGCAGCAGCAGCGGGGAAACCGCCAGCGAGGUGGCCCGUCGGAGUGGGCCACAUCACUUUCUGUUUGAGAUGGUGGAAGACUGCGUUAACGUUGUGCCCAUGUCAUGAAGAAGAGAUCAGGUGCUUACAACAGUUUAUCAUUCCACAUGAAUGCUUUUACUUUCUGGUCUUUAAUGUGUAACAGACAGGUUAUUUAGAAGAUUUUUACCAUGGAGAGACUGUUAUCUGUUAUUUGUAAUCAUUCAUUUGAACCUAUAUACUACAGUGAUACAUAUUAUGACAUUGCAGUAGUUUUUUUCUGUGAUAUAUAUUGCAUUUUUUUAUUUAUUAAAAAAAUAUUUUGAACCAGA